CGCAACGCCCGCCUCCCGACACCCACCUGCUCCCUCAGCACACGUCUACAGCCUCUCACUCCACGCAUCCGGCGCUCGCACUCGAGCAUCUCUGCGCCGGUCUCUUGCCGCCCGCCGCUUGUGCGCGUGGCUGCCUCCCUGGCCCCGCGGCAGCAGCUGGUCUCGCCGGUGCUCUCGAGCCCGCGUGGUACGGCACCGCGCCUUCUGCCGCGCUGCGCUCCGCCUUGCCGCCCACGAUGGCCGUGCCAUCGGCAGGCGCAUUUGCCUCAUCAAGCGAUGCGGCGCAGCACGUCGUGCACGCCGCGCUGGCGCCGCGCCUCGCCGUGCUGGCAUCGCCCGACGUCGACGCCGCGCUGCUGGCGCCCAACGGCCUGCCCGACUUUGCCGCGCUGCUGCGGCCGUUCGAGAGCAGCAUACGGGGCUUGGCAGUCCGCACGACCGAGCUCGUGACGCGCCCGGCGCCCUCAUUCCCGCUGGCCUUCGACACGCUCGCCUCCUUUGCGCCGCCGCGGUCCUCGCGGCCAGCACCAGCCGCAGCUGCGGCAUCUGUAUCCAGCAGCUCGCCUCCACCGACGCCUGCCGCUCCGACGCGGCCGGCAGCCUCACGCGCCGCCUCGGCCGCCAGCGUCAGUGCGCGCGACGCUCGGGCAGAGGUGCUGCUCGAUGCGCUUGGACCUGUGGUCCGCGAGGCUGCUCGCGAGAGCGCCGCUGUCGACGCAGAGACGACGCCGUGGUUUGCGGCGAUGCGCGAUGCGGUGCUUGCGAAGCGGAGAGUGGAGCCUCACGAGUCGUUUGGCUGGCCUGUCGGUGUCAUGCUGGUCGUAUCUUCGGCCUCGCCAGACCCCAUGAACGCCUUUGCCAACCUCUUCGAGGCCUCGUCGCCCACCGUCGCUCGUGCAUUUGCCGAUCGCGCCUUCGUAGACCCCAACGUGCUGCGCUACUACGUGCUCGUGCACGACGUCGCCUCGUCUGGGCCAGAUCUCUCCGACUCGUUCGCGAUCCUGGAGAAUGUCAAGAAGACGUAUGGCGUGCACGCGUGUCUGCUGCCGCUCAAUUCAGCCUCAAGCGCAGAGCCGCACGAGUCGGGCAUCUCGGCGCUCUGGCGCACUGCGCUGCGGCAUCCUCCGCGGUCGCCACCACCACGGCCUCCAGGCGACGCGGCGCCGCCGCCCGUGCCGCCAAAGGAGCCGGAAGAUGAUGGCCCUUCUGCCGGCGCUGCGGCCGAGGCGGAAGAGGAGCCGGCCGCGUCCGACUUUGCUCUCCUCUUUAACGACACCGAUGUGAAGCGGCUGCAGAUGUUCGUGCGAGAGUUUGCAGCGCAGAGCCUCGUGCCCUUCCUUGAGCGGUGUACGACGCAAUGGAACGAAACUCUUGCGGCGUCGCGGCGAGGCCUGACUGGCCGCCUCUUUGGCGCAGGACGCAAGCUGUUUGGCUCGAGCGGCAGCAGUCUGCGUGGCUCGAACGGCACUGCUGCGCCCUCUUUCUCUACUCUUGGCUUCUUCCCGCACACUGCGAUCGAGGCUCAGACGCGCCGUCUCGCCGACUUCGCCUUCAUGACGCGCGACUACAAGCUUGCUGCCGCCAUGUACGACAUCCUGCGCAAGGACUACGCGCAGGAGAAGGCGGUCAAGUACGUGGCCGGCGCUACUGAGAUGUUUGGCCUCGCGCACCUCAUGAUGAUGCUGGUGACCAAGUCUGCACCCAUCGACGUUGACAGUUAUCUCGCCUCCGCGUGCGCAAGCUACAUGGCCGCACCGCGGACGCUGGGCAGUCAAGUGCAGCUGGACGGCCUGCGCGCCACGCUGCUCUACUACGAGGCGUACCGCGCGCUCAACUUCUACCGCUCUGCGCCGGGCGCACUCGCCCGGGCGGCAGAGGCAGGCUCGGGCGAGAACGACAUCGAAGUUGCUGGCGCCGUGCUGCUCGAGCAAGCGGCGCUUGCAGACUUGCGGCAGCCCGGCCGGCCCAGCUUGCGCAAGCACGCUGCCCACCUCGUCCUCGCUGCUCACCGAUACCGCGACUGCGGACAAAAGGAGCUGUCGCUGCGGUGCUUCCGGCGCGCCGCUGACGCGUACGCCGAGCGGUCCAUCGGCGCUCGUGGCGCACUUGCAUCGCCGCAGCCGCAGGCUGUUGGCGCAGAGGAAGACGAAGACCGGCCGGAGACAGACCCGGCACGCAUCGCCCGCGAGCGCGGGCCUCGCGACGACGAGCUCGGCUGGCAGCGGAUCGAGGAUCAUCUCGAGUAUGAGCUCGGUCGGCAAGCCUACGCCGAUGGAGACGCGAGCGGCGCGGUGGCGCACUUCCUGCGCCUGCUGCGUCCCAGCCGCCUGCCAACAGAUGCGAGCGACGAGGAGCGCGCAGCGCGGGCCGCCCGUCACGCGAUGCACCUCGAGGAGCUCCUGACCGCGUACAAGUACACCGAGCAAGCAGAGAAGGCGAGCGGCGACGAGCUCUCUUUGGCACUUCCGCACCCGCUGUUUGACGUGGCAGCAUCGCACGUGCGGGCGUCCAGCAACAGCGGCGCGCUCGCCGACGAUCCGGCUUGGGCUGCGCUCGAGACUGCCUACUUGGACCGCGCCUUUGCUUCUGAGAGCGGCAGGCCAGCAUCGCUGGCGCGACCGACCGCAAAUGUUGCAGCAGUAGAUGAGACCUUCCACGUCGAGCUGUGCAUCCGCAACCCGCUCGGCACUCCUCUCACGGUCUCCCAGAUCAGCGUAGCAUUUGCAGAUCUGAGCGACGAGCCUGUCGAGCUCGCAAGUGACGCAGUCCCUGACAUCGAGCUCUCUGCGGAAGAGGAGCGGAUACUCUCCAUUCCAGCUCGGAGCACAAAGCUCGCAAAGCUGCGCUGCGCGCACGUCAGCUUCCGCCUCGCCGGCGCAGUUCCGCUGCGCCAGGUGCUCGACAAGCGGGGAGCACGGCUAAACGCGACGCGAGAGCAGCGCAUCAGCAGCACGGCGAUGUAUGCCGAGGACCAGUCGCUCGUGGUCGAAAUCCGCGAGGCGCGGCCAGAGCUCGCGCUUGAGCUGCUCGAGCCGCCAACUCGACUUGGACUCGGAGAGGAGGCAUCCACGACGCUGCGUCUGACGAACGUCGGACGCGUGCCGAUUGCCGACCUCCGCGUUCUGGCGGACAAGCCAGACGUGCUGCUGCUGGGCGCGCACGAUGAGCAUGAGUUCUCCUCGAUGUCCAACUCUCUGCGCGACACAGAGCCGCUGCGGAUCGAGCUGCCGGGCGGCGUGCUCCAAGCCGGCGCAUCCGUCGAGCUGCCGGCGAGGCUGCGAGGCGCAGCUCUGGGCUUCCUCGAGCCGCGCUGUCUCGCUGUCUUCCGGGGAGACGAGGCGACCGACCUUCAGACUGCGCGUCUGACGCACGGCUUCGUCGUCGAGCCGGUCAUCGAUCUUGCUGUCCAGGCGGGCGCAGCUCGCGGCGAGCAGCUCAGCUACUUGCUGCAUCUCGAGGCGGUCAAUUUGUCGGCCGGCGAUGACUCGACGCAUGUCGAGGCAAUCUCGUUUGUCAGCCCGCACUGGAGCGCAGACGCAGGGCAAGACGAAGCCUUGCAGGGCGCUCUGGGCACCAUGCCGUACUACCAGCGGCAAGGGGCGUCUCUUACACUGUCAGAAGCAUCCGCAGCGCAGGUCGAGGCCUCGUCUGGCGCUCCGCUUCGCGACUUGUCGUUCACCGCCAAGCAGCUGGGCCUGCUCCUGCAGGGUCUGCCGCUCGACGGCCAGCCGCAAGACAUCGCAGUGCACCAAAGCACCGUCGGCUCGUCUUCGAGCGUGUCGCCCUUCUUUCAUGCAGCACGAAAGGUCUGGCGGCAAGCAGCGCUGGCACGGCACUUUGCAGCUGUGGCACCACGCGAUCGCACGCAGGUCUUCACGCUGUGGGAGCCGAGCGACGUCGAUGUCGUGGCGCACUGGGUAUCCGGCGAUCGUCGUGGCCAAGCCUUCAUCUUUGGCCUGCAGCUCGGCCCGGCGCACGACCACCUGCCGCAGCUUGCAGCGGGCGAGGCGGGGCGCAUCAUCUACGAGGAGUCUGCGCGCGAGAAGGCGGCGCUCCUCACGUCCCUGCUGCACAGCAGACUACACGUCGAGGAGGAUCCGCUCGUCGUCGACGUGUCGGCGGCCGAACGUGCAACGCACGACUUCGCCAGCGGUCGCUAUCGGCUGCCGGUGCACUUCGCCGUGCGCAACCUCUCCACGGUGCGCAGCGUCUCCUUCGUGCUGCAGCUCGACAACACGCCGUAUGAGCGGACCCGCGGUGUCGAGGUGCAGCCAGCGCCCUGGCUAGGCCGGCUGACGCAGCGCGGCUCCCUUGCGCCGCGCGAGCGCGUGCAGCUCGAGGCUCACGUCGCGGCCAGUGCGCCGGGCAUGUGGGAGGCCGGCGCCUGGACUCUGCGCGUCAGCGUGGCGCUGCCGCAGCCGGACGGCGCAGAUGCGUCGGGCGACAGGGCCGUGCACUUUGAGCAGGCGGGCUUCGCGGGCUGCAUCACGGCGGUGGCGCAGGAAUAGAGGGUCACAUUCGGGGACAAGAGCGAGCCUAUCAGGGUGACUGGUGGUGAGGUAUUGUACAAGCGAGGAUCAAGGCCGGACGAGGGUGCUCGAGAUGGAGCUGCCCUUAGGCAACGUGGUCGGACGGGUUCUGGGCUGCAGAGCUGCUGCUGCCGCUCGCCGCAGCGAGCUGCACGCCAGGCAGGUGCUUCUCGCACGCUGCCGUCUGGUGAGCGUCGUCGGGCACGUAGGCCGGCGGGCCGCAGCUGCCGAGCUCCUGCGCCUCGUGCGGAUUCGGCAUGGGCGUCGUCGGCGACUCGGAGCGCGCAUCGAGGGCAACGCUGGCCGGACGGACAUCAGUGCUGCCACGAGGAGGCCAGACGGGCACGGCAAGGGCAUCGCCGACUGCGGCGCGAGCAGGUGCGUGGUCGCCGGCCUCUGAGGCGAAGCCAGCCGGCGGCGGCGGCGCGGGAAAGACGCGCAGCAGCGGCGUGCUGGG